GGGACAACAACUGCUCUGUUCCUCCUCAGAUCCACAUGACGCCAUUUACUGCUGCUUUUGCAGAGAGAUCACCCUACCUCCUCCGGAAAGAAAAAGAGAGAGAGAGAGAGAGAGAGAGGGAGCGAGAGCGAGAGCGAGAGCGAGCAGAAAAGCGCCGAGCCCCUCCAGCUCAGAUCUCAAAUCAGCCUCCUCCUCCACCUUCUCCAAGCACACAACAACAACCACCACCACAAAUCCUCUGCGCUUCCAAAACACCCCCCUACCCCACCCGAUUGCAAACCACGGAGCUGCCUGCAACACACGCUCACAGAGGGAGCAAGAAAGCUAAAGAGAGAGAGGGGGGAGCUUGGAGCAAGCAGCUUCUCAGCAGAACGGCUACAUUGCACAAGCUGCCUUUUUUUGGAGGAGCUCAGUGGAAGAAAAGCUUUGGGAUUUUAUUGUAGAUCCACUUGAUUUUGUGUGUUGUGGCUUUUUUUUCCCCCUGCCCUCCCUCUCAUUGAUCAUUUGCAACAACAACCAAAAAAGUGACUUGGUGUUUGGCGAUUCGGCCUCCUGUUCAUUGAAGGGGGAAAAAAAGAGGAAAUUGUGCGAGUGAUUUUUUUUUUCUCGGAGCAAAGAAAAACGCACCCCGAUCUGGAGAGUUUUGUUUUGUUUUUUCUAUAUGUAUCCAUCUGUAUUUACCUAUCCAUAAAUAUUUAUAAUCGAUCUGAAGAGAGAGGGAAGGUGACUUUGCUCUGAUUUUUCCCCCUUUUUCCUCUUAUGAUUAUUCUGAUAAUCACUUGCAAGUUGGACUAAAGCAGUUUGGAAAAGUGUUGUUGUUUUUGUUUUUUGCUAGGGCUGGAUUUAUUUGCAAACCACAGGAAGAAGAAAAUACAAGAGAGAGAGGGGUUUGGUGCAACGCCGCGAUCACGGAUUUCAGAUGUGUUCUAAGCCUGCUGGAGUGAUAACUCUUCAGGGUACUGAUGGAGACAAGAGCUCAGAAUGGCAGUGGGUCGCAGUCCUUGCUACAGGUUCGUCGUGACAGUGGGAGGCAGCAUGGAGAAUCUGACGUGAGAGAUGUUCUGACGCAGCAGGUUCAUGUGUUGUCUUUGGACCAGAUCAGGGCCAUCCGAAAUACAAAUGAGUACACAGAGGGACCUACAGUGGCUCCAAGACUGGGUGUUAAACCUUCCCCUCGUCCAGCUGCCCAGCAGAAAAAUGAAAGACUGCAUGGCUUGUCUGAGCAUCGUCAUUUUAGGAUCCAGCAUCCGCAGAUACACACUUCUCCUCGGGCACCUCUGUCCCGUUCCAUUAGCACAGUCAGCACAGGUUCACGGAGCAGUACAAGGACAAGUACAAGCAGUAUCUCAUCUGAACACAGACUUUUAGGAUCAUCUUCUGGGCCUGUUGCUGAUGGGAUAAUCCGGGUGCAGCCCAAGUCUGAGCUCAAGUCAAGUGAGCUGAAGCCUCCAAGCAAAGAAGACCUGGGCAUGCAUGCUUAUAGGUGCGAGGACUGUGGGAAAUGUAAGUGUAAGGAGUGCACUUAUCCGAGGACCCUCCCAUCAUAUUGGAUCUGUGACAAGCAAUGUCUUUGCUCAGCCCAGAACGUGGUUGAUUAUGGGACUUGUGUUUGCUGUGUGAAGGGCCUCUUCUAUCACUGUUCUAAUGAUGAUGAGGACAACUGUGCUGACAACCCGUGCUCUUGCAGUCAGUCACAUUGCUGCACUAGGUGGUCUGCCAUGGGUGUUGUGUCUCUAUUUUUGCCUUGCUUGUGGUGUUACCUACCAGCCAAGGGUUGCCUUAAAUUGUGCCAGGGGUGUUAUGACCGGGUAAAUAGGCCUGGAUGCCGCUGUAAGCACUCAAACACCGUUUGCUGCAAAGUUCCAAAUGUCCCCCCUAGGAACUUUGAAAAGUCAACAUAGCAUCACUAAUCAGGAGUACUAAAGUAAUAAGAAUUAUUUUAACAUACAUAUGCAACCAACUAAACAGCUGUAAUUUUGGCACUGUAGUAGGAGGGUUGGGGAUAUACUUUGUUGUUUGCGGUGAAAUGCUUUUCUAUGUGUGCCAUCUUAACUGAUAUGCUUGUUAGAACCCAUCUAAUGGAGCUCAAAAAUGGGAUACAGUACUUUGUGAUCCACCUAUUGCAUAAGCUAAAGCAACAUAGACACUCCUAGGCAACUCUGUCGUUUGUGAAUAGUACUUGCAAGAUUUGUAAAUUAGUUAAUGACUCCUUUUUUCAUUUUUUCUGCCAGAGAUAAUGUUCUAUAUUUUUGUAUAUACGAUAAUAUUUUCAACUGUGAAAAACAAGUGGUGUCAUAGAACGUGGCACGGUCACAAAAUAUUAUACUAAUAUGUUGUACAUUCGGAAGAAUGUGAAUCAAUCAGUAUGUUUUUAGAUUGUAUUUUGCCUUACGGAACCCCUCUAUUACAAGACUCUGAUUUCCCUUUGGACUUCAUGUAUAUUGUACAGUUACAGUAAAAUUCAGCCUUUAUUUUCUAAUUUUUUCAACAUAUUGUUUAGUGUAAAGAAUAUUUAUUUGAAGUUUUAUUAUUUUAUAAAAAAAAGAAAUAUUUAUUUUAAGAGGCAUCUUACAAAUUUCAUCCCUUUUAUGAGAACGUCAUAGUUGCUGCAAAUAAGGGGUGACAGAUGCAUAUGUUCACUAUAAAAUAGAAAAAUAUAUUAACGUUUGAAAUUAAA